AUGAGCUAUUGCAAUUUCCUGUGGAUGGCGCUGUUUUGGCCUUGAUUUUCCCACUGGAAAAAUUUUUUGGUUCGACCAGUACCAUAAGGUUUGGUCAAACCAAAAAAUUUUUCCAGUGGGAAAAUCAAGGCCAAAAUAGCGCCAUCCAUGGGAAAAUCCCAUAUAUCAGAAGCUUCCAAUCCCUGCAUUUUCCAUGAAGAUUCAACGACAGGAGCCCAUUUACCCUUUUACCUCUCACAGAUGUCUUGACAAAUGAAUUACAAGUUUACAAGCAAGGCUUUAUUACAGCAUUUCGCGAAACCUUAUGUGCACUUGAAGAAAAUGAUACAGAUUUCUUGAAAAGCGUAAUGGAGCCACGGCUUUAUCCAGAAGUUCACGCUGGGCUUGACACAUUGAAGAGGAGAGGCCAUAGCAUAAAAAGGACAAAUACAGACCAAUUCAUAUAUGCUUAUUACUAUAAUGACAGAAUAUAUCAAGGGGUGAAUAUUGAUAGGUCUCUAAAUAAAGGGAAAGAGAUGGAAAAAGCUCAGAUGAUGAAUGUCGAUCUUAGAAUCGGGAAAUCAAAAGAGCCAAGAAUGUAUAUGGAAAAUAUGAAAAUUUUUACAGGGAAAGACGGGCUGCUGACGAAUAACUUGAUUUUCAAGGUAGAUGUGGUUUACAAUACUGCAGUUAAGCUGAUUGUGCUGGAUGAAAACGGAGAAAAACUCAUUGGGGAUCAGAAUAAAUCGCCGGAGACACACAAGUUUAGAUUUGAAACGAUGACUGAAAUGCCGAGUGGGGUAAUGACACAAGCUUUGACGAAUUUCCAGAUCAUGCUUUAUUAUUUGAAUUGUAUGGGAACGAAUCCUAUCAAAGUCAACGAAUGGAUUAUCACUGAUAUUGACGAUCAUUUGAAAGGAAAUCCGUUUAUUGAAGAUUCUGGUAAUUAA